AUACUACGCCGCACGUAGAAAGUCAAGUAACUACAGUCGGGAACCGGAAGUAUUCGGAGCCUCCGCGCUAUUCUCUUCCGGGGCAUCUUCCGCGCGCGUCCCUUUGCGUGGAAGGCAGCGCUUCUCGGUUCUGAGCCUGUGAGAAGCGUCGGCUUCUGCUGCAGGAGCGGCUACGAUGGCUCGAAAUGCAGAAAAGGCCAUGACAGCCCUGGCGAGAUUUCGCCAAGCCCAGCUAGAAGAGGGAAAAGUUAAGGAGCGAAGGCCAUUUCUUGCAUCAGAAUGUAACGAGCUGCCUAAAGCUGAGAAGUGGAGACGGCAGAUUAUUGGUGAAAUUUCCAAGAAAGUGGCACAAAUUCAAAAUGCUGGUUUAGGUGAAUUCAGAAUUCGUGACUUGAAUGAUGAAAUAAAUAAACUCCUAAGAGAAAAGGGACACUGGGAGGUCCGGAUAAAAGAGCUGGGAGGACCUGAUUAUGGGAGAAUUGGUCCAAAAAUGCUUGAUCAUGAAGGAAAGGAAGUUCCAGGAAACAGGGGUUACAAAUAUUUUGGAGCUGCUAAAGACUUACCUGGAGUUAGGGAGCUUUUUGAAAAAGAACCUCUUCCUCCUCCAAGGAAGACACGAGCUGAACUCAUGAAGGCUAUUGAUGCAGAAUACUAUGGCUACAGAGAUGAAGAUGAUGGUGUUUUAGAACCACUGGAACAAGAACAUGAAAGGAAAGGUAUACUUAUUGCAGAAGCAGUGGAAAAAUGGAAAGCAGAGAGAGAAGAACGACUUGCAGGAGGUGACAAGGAGGAGGAGGAAGAGGAAGUGAACAUCUAUGCAGUAAACGAUGAAGAGUCUGAUGAAGAAGGUGAAAAGGAAAAGGAAGGAGAGGAUAGCCAGCAGAAGUUCAUUGCUCAUGUCCCAGUACCAUCACAACAGGAGAUUGAAGAAGCUCUUGUUCGAAGAAAGAAGAUGGAACUUCUUCAGAAAUAUGCCAGUGAAGCUCUUAUGGCUCAAAGUGAAGAGGCUAAAAGACUUCUAGGACUUUAGUAUUUCCUGUGACUCUUCCAUUCAUAUAAUCCAUCCUAAAGCAGCAGAUAAAACUCUGGGAGCAGCUACAUGAGAACCAUGCUUUGGUUCUGCAUUUGUAAUGUCAUCUUUGCUAAUGCUUAAAGCAAAAAGUGGGGUUUCCCCCAAGGAGAUUUCCCUUUGAACAACCAUUUUGCUGUCCUAGUCCAUGUGAGUCCUUUUCUUUAUGGUGCCCACAUUGAGUCCAAAUAAGUAGCUAACUUUCCUUUAAGCAACCGUUCUGCUGCUACUUUUCCUUGCCUAAUUUCAGCUGUGGGCAGUGCUGUUAAAUUGGAAAGCAGUACUCUAAUAUGCCAUUCCUAUCUCUCCAGUCAGAAUACAGUGGUAUCUAGCAAAAAGCUGAUUGAACUCAGUCAAUUGGAAUUGGAAGGUAGUCUCUAUAACUGCUGGUUGUUAUGUGUUGUGUUCUGGCUUUACUGCAGAAUUGAAAUGCGCUGCACAGCCAAUGCAGUUUUCAGUAGCACAUCCAAAGUUCUCAGUGUGCAUGCCCAUUUGGUUGGAUUUCUAAAGUGCUGGAUAUUUCAGCAAGUAAUACUGUAAAUACUGUUUCACCCUUGUUAUAAUUCUCAAAGCUUUUCAGUAAAGAUUUUAUACAGACAA